AUGUUUUUGAACGAUGAAGAUUUUGUCGAGUUUUCUUGCAGCCGAGACGAGUGCAAAAUGCAUUCUGUCGAUCUUGCAGGAAAUCUUCACGAGCUCGAAGGGUCGAUUCAUAUUGGAGAAGCAAGCACGCCGUACAGUAAUGCAGCGUAUGUGAUUUCGCUCGGAAACGAGAAGAUUUACUUGUGUGAUUGUUCGAUACAGAAGCUGCCUGUUCCCGGCUUGUAUAUUGUCCAAGAGCCAAGGUGGAAUAGACUCUUCCGAAUAGAGCUUGUGGGCCUGGACGAGUUACAGAUUGUUAACUUCGAAGAGAUACUGGAAAAAUUCGCAAUGUCUUUUCAGAAACUCGCUUCAAGAAUUCAUAAAGAGCAUAGUUUGUCAUCCCUUUCGCUUAGUCCAUCAGAGUCAACCAAAUCAACCAGCCGAGUCUCGAAAAUGGGCGAGACCUUUUCCCGCCUUCGUAAGCGCUGUCGACCCGCUCUUACAGACGCCUUCAGUACCUUGAGAAAACGGUCGAAGGGGAUUUCUCAAUCCACCGAAAAUCUCGCCCGCCUCAGCCUCAGCCCAUUUCGAAGGAAAAAAGGCAGCCCCAUUGUGCGGAACGUGGCCGAAAUACCCGCCCAAAACAUGUGUCGCGCUGAAAUUCUAGACGAAAUUGAAAAGCUUGAAAUCGAGUGUGAAGCGCUCAGGGAAAUGCACGACUUAUACAGAAAUAAUCCCCGUGAAUCCGUGCCGCAAAGUCUGAUCUCUUCCCGGGCCCAGAAUGCGAAGCGUCUGGCCGAGUUGCGCUCCCGGCUUUCCGAUUUGGAUCAGAUUUGUAAACGAUCGUCGACGGGGACGAUUCUCAACUCGUCAGUGGAUUCCUCCAUCAAUCAAUCGGUCUCAAUCCCUGACGAAUUGCUCGUUUCUGAUGUGCCAAACUCGCCGAUUUUGAUCGCCAAGAGUCUUCAUCCAAUGCCACGUACUUGCCAGGAAGACGAGCCAGAGUCUCAACCCAACAGCGGGACGUCUGAAUCUGCGCGAAAUUGCGAAAAAGUUGGCACGGCACCGCGAAAACCUGGCAGGACGCGAUCGAUGAGAUCACUUCAAAGAAAGCCGAUAAACAGUAGUACACAAGUGGCUCAGACUGUAUCCGAGUCAGAUUUGCGUCUCGAGGAGUUGCAUUCUGAGCUCAUACAGGUUUUAAACAUUUUCGACAAGCCAUCAAGAAUCGACCUUCACCAAGAAACUCUACCUGUAUAA